CACCACCCCUCUCACAUCUGGACAGAAGGAUGUUGUUCUUAUCCUCUGUGAGCCUCUGGGCCCAAUCAGAUGUGGUCAGAGACUCAGAGGAUCAUUUCUUUAUGCUGUGGACACAGUUUGCUUAAAAAUAAAAUGUGUGGAAACCUGGUAUGAGGUCUUGUGAGAUAGCCUGCCCUGGUGGCAUCUGUACACAGCUGCCUACUGAAUCUUUUGUUUGCCGAGUUGUUGGGUGUAAGGACCUGCUGUACCCCUUGUCUUGUAAACCAAGGAGAUUAUACCUUAGGGGCUCUUAUUUUUGUUUUGUAUAUACAGUAUUUAUUUUAGCUACUGUGUUCAUCUCCGACCUUUGUAUUUCUGCUAAAAUACCUUUAUGAGUGUAUGUCAUAAUUUUCUCAGAGGGUGUCUACAUCUCAAUGAAAGGAACUGUUCUUUUUCACUGUCAGGAAAAUGUGAAACUCUAGAAAGGAUCAUGCAGUGUGAAACUAAAGAGGGCUGAUAUUUACCUAAAAACUGUUGAUUUAAGCUGCCUGAUGAUAGAUAGCUCCCCAAAACAAAAAAACUAGUGAAUUUUUUUGGUCUUUGCCCCCAUCAGAGGUUGACAUUGUCAUUUUCCAAUGAAAUAAGUAACGAGGACUUCAGGAUCUUGUUUGGUGGCCAAAGCCACUGUAGAAACCUAAUCAGAGUCUCUCAUUCUGUAAGUAAAUCUCUCUGUGGAUUAAAAGGCUCUGUUCUGAAUCUCAAACACAUAAACGGAAGCUCUUAUGAUAUUGCCAGAGCAGUGGUCUAAUAUUAUACAUAUUAUGACAGGCAACUUUAAGACUUAAUCAUCUUUCCAGAGAGCUACGUAGUUACUGGCUCAGGUCAGGGAAGAAAAGAUCAUCAUAGGAGCCUGAAAAAGAACCUUAGCUCUUUAAUAAUUUGUACCCUGUGAUUGCCCAGCAAGGCAAUAUUUGAAGAUUCUUCUUUUAAUCCUUUUUGGAGUUCUCGUGGAAAGAUGCUUUUAGCAGUCUCAUGCAUGUCUAUUUCUAAGAAAGUCACACUUGGUGAUCUGUAGUACAUUUACUGUAUAAGCUUAACAUGACCGGUACUAAUGCAAAUCCCAUGUGGAUUAUAUCUGAACCUUGUGCCUUUUCAGAGUCACAGAAAAUAGACUAUCACUCAAACCACAGGAAAUUUGGGAGGCUGUAAGAUAAUGGUGACUGAACCAUUACUACAUUUCCCCUGCUCAGAUGUGGAUGUCUCAAAAACUACUUAUAUCCUUAACAUUAAACUCAGCAUCUUUAAAUUAUCACUGCCCCGGCCCCUUGUUUAUUGGUGUCCACAUUUCUUCUUCUAGGCAGAAAUACUCUCUUUUAAUUUGGAUGCUCUGAGCUGGAAAUGAGAAAUCCCCCUUUAAAAAAGGGAUGGUCUCUCUGUGGCUAAGAUGCUAAGAGCAAGACUGGAAGCUACUGUAAUCCAUCCUCCAUGAAGCCACCCCUAAGAUGCCCAGGAGCCACACAAACACACAAUAAAGUGAUGGCUGCAUGGGCACUUUCAGUUUAGCAGAGAAGCCCACACUUCAAACAGUGCGAUGUGCACCUUGUCUUGGCCCCAUGUGUACGCAAUGAUCCACGUGCAUUUGCCCAGACCUGUUACCUGGCCUUGGGGGCUGCAGAUGUAUGCUUGGGAUGUGUUGUUUUAAGAAGGAUGAUUGAAAUUUAGCUAACAAUUUUUAAAGUUAGCUUUGUUAAAAAAAAAUCCUUUGAGAUGGAGCUGCAAGGUAAAUAAAAAAGAUUCAAAAUUUUUUUUUUUUUUUUGGAGACGGAGUCUCGCUCUGUCACCCAGGCUGGAGUGCAGUGGUGUGAUCUCGGCUCACUGCCAGUUCCGCCUCCCGGGUUCACGCCAUCCUUCUGCCUCAGCCUCUCCAGUAGCUGGGACUACAGGCGCCCACCACCACGCCUGGCUAAUUUUUUGUAUUUUUUUUAGUAGAGACGGGGUUUCACCAUGGUCUCGAUCUCCUGACCUCGUGAUCUGCCCGCCUCGGCCUCCCAAGGUGCUGGGAUUACAAGCGUGAGCCACCGUGCCCGGCCUCAAAAGUAUUUUUAAAAAAAGAAAGAAGAAAAUAGAAAAAGUAAAAUAGCUGGAAGGUAGGCAAGAUUUAAGAAGAAUCACUGCUGGCUUCCUGGGCAUGGCCGUAGCCGUCCUUCUCUGCGGCUGCAUUGUGGCCACAGUCAGUUUCUUCUGGGAGGAGAGCUUGACCCAGCACGUGGCUGGACUCCUGUUCCUCAUGACAGGGAUAUUUUGCACCAUUUCCCUCUGUACUUAUGCAGCCAGUAUCUCUUAUGAUUUGAACCGGCUCCCAAAGCUAAUUUAUAGCCUGCCUGCUGAUGUGGAACAUGGUUACAGCUGGUCCAUCUUUUGCGCCUGGUGCAGUUUAGGCUUUAUUGUGGCAGCUGGAGGUCUCUGCAUCGCUUAUCCGUUUAUUAGCCGGACCAAGAUUGCACAGCUAAAGUCUGGCAGAGACUCCACGGUAUGACUGUCCGCACUGGGCCUGUCCACAGUGCGAGUGACUCCUGAGGGGAACGGCGCGGAGUUCAGGAUUCCAAGCACAAAGCGGUCUUUUACAUUCCAACCUGUUGCCUGCCAGCCCUUUCUGGAUUACUGAUAGAAAAUCAUGCAAAACCUCCCAACCUUUCUAAGGACAAGACUACUGUGGAUUCAAGUGCUUUAAUGACUAUUUAUGUGUUGACUGUGAGAAUAGGGAGCAGUGCCAUGGGACAUUUCUAGGUGUAGAGAAAGAAGAAACUGCAAUGGAAAAAUUUGUAUGAUUUCCAUUUAUUUCAGAAAGUUUGUAUGUAACAAUUACCUGAGAGUCAUUUCUACUUGCAAAAGGAUUCGUAACAAAGCGAGUAUAAUUUUCUUGUCACUGUAUCAUGCUUGUAAAUUUUAAUGCAGCAUCUUCAGAACUUGUCCUGAUGGUGUCUUAUUGUGUCAGCACCAAAUAUUUGUGCAUUAUUUGUGGAUGUUCCUUGUCACAGGAAGAUUUCUUCUUCUGUUGCCUUAUUUUUUUUUUUUUUUUUAAGUCUCCGUCUUUGGACUGGAAUCGAAAUAAUAAGAUAAACCGAUCAAACAUGCUUAAAGAGCUAACUCGUGACACUAUGCAGUAUUGUUUGAAGACCUGUUGUUCAACCUCUGUCUCUUUAUGUUAACUGGAUUUCUGCAUUAAAUGACUGCCCCCUUGUUAA